AUGCGACAAGUCGAUUUUUACUUUUUGGCCUUGGUCAGCUUCCUCUCCUGGUACAUUUGGACUUCCAUAAAAGCAUGGCAUCGGCCACGGAAUGUUCCGGCGCUCAAUUUGCUUGCCACAUUUUCAUAUCUUUGGCUUGGACGCGUCACGUCUAGUGGCCUGCAGUUCUGGGUACAUCGACCGACGCACAGAAAAUACGGACCGUUGGUCAGAAUUGGGCCGAAUGAAGUUGCAACCGACGAUGCCGAGAUUGUCAGGCAAAUUUCUCCCACAAAGAGCUCAUAUCCAAGCGGAAGCUGGUACAAGACUGGGAAAUUCAACCCAUACCGCGAGAACCUGUUUAGCACGACAGAUAUAGAGGAACACAAAAAACUACGGGCAAGACUAAUCCUAGCAUAUGCUGGCCGUAAUUCGGCUUCUAUCGAGCCUGCUGUCGACGGACAUGUCGCGGUGAUGAUCAACAUGAUUCGCGACAGGCACAGCACCCAGCAGGCCCAUCUGAGCGCAAAGCUUCUGCGGUUGGAAGCCAUUACGUGCUUCCUGACCAUCGACGUAAUCUCUUGUUUGGGAUUCGGUGAACCGCUAGGCAACACGAUCGCGGAAAAUAAUCAACACGGACUCUUCAAAUCGUUUCAUGAGCUUUGGCCUCAAAUGUCGACAUGUGCCGAAGUACCCUGGAUCCGUGACAUCUUGUUCUCCGGUGCGUUCUUGAAGCUGUUUGGGCCCAAGACCACAGACACCAAAGGCUUUGGUGCAGUCAUGGCUCUCGCUGAAAUAUUUGUGGGUCGGAGGUUUUCUACGGGCGAAAAGAAGAGCGUUAUGUUGAAUUCUUUGAUUGAGCACGGUUUCAACAGAGAAGAGUGCGAAUCUGAAGCGCUGCUCAUGCUACUCGCGGGGACCGAGAGCACAGCAUGCGCAAUCCGCUCAGCAUUGGUUCACGCCAUUACCUGUCCUGCAGCCGUAAUCUAUGAAGGGAUCCGUAUGAGACCGCCCUUACUGGGUUUCUUCCCAAAGGUCGUCCCACACCCUGGUGCCAACUUUCAUCGAAUCCAACUUCCCGCAGGUACCUCGAUCAUGACGAACGUGUCUGCUCUUUCGUCUUCGACUGGACUGUUUGGUGCAGAUGCAGAUGCCGCAUUUACAGACCAGAGAGAUUCAUCGAGCUCGAGCCGACUGCGAGGAAACAAAUGGAACGCGACGUCGAGUUGGCGUUCGGCUAUGGGCAAUGGCAGUGCGCUGGGAAGCCCAUUGCACCCAUGGAGCUAA